GUAUAUCAUUUGAUUGUUCUUUUUGUAGGGGGAGAGACAUCGAGGUAGAAAUGAGUUGAUGUUUAAAGUUUGAAGAAUUGCAUUGUUCAUGGAGUUACCUUCACCACCCUCCCUCGGCGAUUACAUGGUUUGGUCUUAGAUAUUAUACUUUUGUUGUUUGUUGUUCUAAUGGCUUAGUGCUUCUCUAUUUCAAAGGAUUCGAAAGGAAAUGAAAAGAGAGAGAAAAAGUUAAGAUGACAUAUGAAAGUACCUUUGACUCUCUCUCUAAAAAAGUUCGAUCCUUUCUUCUUCUAAUCCCAUCAACAAUUUUACAGUUUCAUCGCCAUGGUCAAGCCCCACAAUCUCUUCUUGACUAUUCCCACUCAUUUCAUUUGCCCAAUUUCUCUUGACCUCAUGCAAUCUCCCGUCAGUUUGAUCACCGGCGUCACCUACGACCGUUCCAGUAUUCAACGCUGGCUCGACUCUGGCCACAACACUUGUCCGGCCACCAUGCAGGUCCUUCCCAACUACGGCUUCGUUCCCAAUUCUAAUCUCAAGCGUCUCAUUCAGAUUUGGUCCGACUCCCUCGAAUUCGAUCAUAUUCUUACUGUUGUCGACGGUUUGCGCACGAACGGAAAUGCCUCUGUUUUUCUCUCGGAGCUUCUCUGUUUUGGUUCACGAUUGGAAAAGAACGUUAAGUUUCUCGGGAGGAUUCAUGGCUUUGUACCGGUGCUUCUCGAUGUUCUUCGUCGUAGAGAUGUUGAUUGUUCGGAACUUGUUGUUAGGGUUUUGGAUUUGGUGAGAUGUGAAAUUGAGGAUCGGGUGGAGUUUAUGAACUUGAUGUUGAAAAGCGAUCGAGAUUGUUUGAAAUCUCUCGUUCUUGUUCUUCAACGAGGAAGUUCAGAGUCGCGAAUUGGGACGGUGAGGCUUCUUGAAUGCAUCGCCAUUAACGCCGAAUCCAAGAAUCUAAUUGCUGAAAACGAAGGAAUUCUACACGAAUUGAUUGAAGUAAUCGGAAUAGAUGAAGAUCCGAAACUAAUCGAAUCAGUACUCUCGUGCUUAAUCGCAAUAUCAAUGCCGAAACGGGUGAAAAUCAAAUUGGUUCGGUUAGGAGUAAUAAGAGCCCUAACCAGAUUGUUGAAGCACCGGAACGCAAGUGUUGGAGUAACGGAGAAGGUACUGAGGUUGUUGGCGGCGGCGGCGGCGGUGGAGGAAGGACGUUCGGAGAUGAUGGUGAACGGAGGAGAAUGCGUGGGAAGGAUGGUGAGGAAAGUGAUGAAGGUGUCGAGUGCGGCGACAGAGCAGGCGGUGACGGCGCUGUGGUGUAUAUGUUAUUUGUUCCGGGAAGAAAAAGCGGCGGUGGCGGCGGCGGAGGCGAAAGGGGUUGAGAAGAUAUUGUUGCUGAUGCAGAGCCACUGCCCGGCGACGGUGAGGGUAAUGGCCAAAGAUCUUCUAAAGAUUUUCAAAGGACAGUUGAUUUAUAAGAAGAGAGAAGCUGCAGAUUAAGGAGCAAGCAUUACCUACGAGGUCGCAGCCUCAGGUAGAAAGUGUCUCAAUCUUUUCUGUUGUUCAGUUAGGAGAUGUAGCUAUGGAAAAUGAAAAUUGCAAUUAUUCAUUGGUGAAGGAGAGAAAGAUUGGCAAUUAACUUUGGCAAAUUUCUUCAUUUUUAGUGAGGCAAGAGUAUGAUAGUGGAGCUUUGUACAAUGCUUUGUCAGUGGCAGGCCACCCUUUCCCUGGUUUGUUUGACUUAUAUUGAUCUCAAUAGUUCUGGUCGAUGGGUUCUGAGUUUUUCUUGUAAGUUUUCGGCUCUAGAUUGGUUUGUGAUUUGCUCCUUCUUGGAAGUUUGUACCUUUUCUUUUGUUGAAAAUUUUCAAUUAAUAAGAGAAUUAUCUAUUUUCCUUUU